UGUGUGUGUGUGUGUGUGUGUGUGUGUGUGUGUGUGUGUGAGAUCAGUACAUCCCCAGGUCAGAAUGUUCAUGAUUUAGUGGGGAAGUGAACAUUAUCAGUGUAUAUUUACGAGAGACUGGAUCAAAACAACAUGAGGAAGACAAGUGCUGUAAUUACGGUGUAUACAGUAUCACCGCACUUUCAUUGCUCAUAAUUACAUGUAUAGUUGAGGGCCCAGAAAAUGGAUAACUCUUAAUUAACAUUUAUUUGCUUUUUAAACACUUUAUUAACAGUAUUAACAUUGUUGCGAAAGCUUUGAUCUGAUAUUUAGCCUCUGCUCACAGUCCUACUUUAGAUAGCGCUUACUUGCAAAUAUUAUUGUGAAUAUUAAAGCUCUUCUUCAGCGAUCACUCAGCAUCUAUAAAUUAAUAUGAAUUUGUUCAUGAAGCCAUCGAGCUGGAACUUAUGCACCUGGACAAAGCGAUUUUAAGAAGGUGUUCGUUAUGAAAUAACCCCACGAGGGCCUUUAAAAAGUCCGGUUUAACUGGUCACCCGAUGAGCAGAAGCUCGUGUGAUUAAACGGGACAGGAUGAGUCCAUCGAAAGGAUCGAGUCACGGGUGGGCCGUGUGGAACUGACACGAGUUCAUCGCCACGGUGAGGCAGCACGUGACACGCUGCGCCGCGGAGCUGCCGGGACCGGGGAGUCGAGUCGCCUGCCGGUACGGACCUGCGUUCAGUCGCCCUCCGCGUCCAGGGGAAGGCAGGUCACGCGGCGCACGUCUACCUACGGAGCCGGGCGAGAGGGAGAGUGCGUUCGCUCCGGAUGGAGGAGGGCGCUGCCUGAAGACGGGGGAAAAUCAGCGCCCCUCCAACACCCAGCCUGCCCCCCCCCCACGCAACUGUUCGGUCUUGUGCUGCGGGGGACAGACCUUCCAGACAGCAAGAGCUCCCAGCAGAAGUUCUUGAAAAACACACACACAGCCACACAAAUGCGCAGAAACGCAUACAUCCCCCGUCCCCGACGUUCCGGAGCACCUGAAGCAAGGAAGCGACACGCAGCAGUGUGUUCUGCUGGCAGAUACAGCCACAUCGCUGAGCGUGUGGAGGGCGUUCGUGUGCCUCAGAGCAACCCGCUCACCCCCUGGGGCUGCACACGUACAGAGAUGGAUAAAGCUACCAAGCAGAUGUCGGAGCGCUCUCCUUUAAGCUGUGCCAAAUUUAGAAAAGGUCGCUGAGCCGCAUGGCACGUUUUGCUUCCGACCCCCCAUCCCCGCGGACGUUGAGAAAGGCCCCCGGCAGCACCUCUGAGCGGCAGGGGUGUCCUCUGCACGAGUCUCCCAAUAAAGUGUGUGAAAGAACGGCACGGCAUGGCACGGCACAACAGAUGUGCAGCAUGAGCACCAAACAGCUGGUAAAACCAUACAAACAUGACGAAGCGACAGAUCCCCACCAAGCACUCAUGCACAGAUAUGUGAUCGCCCAACCAAUCCUGUUCUACUUGUAUUACACACUUUCGGGGGGCUUGGCGGCGUCUGCCGAUCGUAGAUCGGUGCUGUGUUGGUGUGUAUGUGGGGGAGGGUGAAGGGGGUGGACAGGCCAGUGGGAAAGCAGCACGUCCUGAUGCAAAAUGUCCAAUCUGCAUUUAAAUGUUCAUUUUAUUAUUUAUUUCUCCAAAAAUGUUAAUUGCAGUGAUUUACCCAUGUAUACAGCUGAGGAAUUAAUCUCCCAAAUUCAUGUCAUCUCCCAGGCAAAAUGAUACACGAGCAUGACAAGAACCCAGAAGGAGAGCUUGCAUCGGUAGCAACUUUCAUAUUUACUGGAAUAUGGAACUGGAGAGAAACGGGAGAAAUCAGCUGUCAGCCCUGCCCGGUAUGCCCAACGGUGGCAGGUUCGAGGUCUGCUCAGCGCAGAAGAGCGGCGGGUACGAGACCCCCUCGGCAUAUGACCUUCAGCGGCUGAUGUGGGUGCGCUCGGGGAGCAGCGCUGCCAUGGACGAGGUCAGGCCCAGGAUUUACAUCGGAGACAUGUGGGCAGCCAAGGACAAGAGGAUGCUCCAGUCACACGGGAUCAGUCACGUGCUCAAUGCUGCCGACGGGAAGUUCAAUGUGUGUACGGGGCCCGCUUUCUACAGGGACACCGGCAUCGCUUACCACGGUGUGGAGGCCUUUGACAUGCCCUCCUUCGACAUGACUCCUUUCUUCUACUCUGCAGCCAGGUUCAUUAAGGAAGCCCUGAGCACGCCUACAAGCAAAGUCCUGGUCCACUGCGCCAUGGGCCUGAGUCGCUCCUCCACCCUGGUGCUGGCGUACCUCAUGAUCCACGAGCACAUGACCCUGCCGGAGGCCAUCGCAGCUGUCGCCAAACACAGGAACAUCUGUCCCAACUCGGGCUUCCUGGAGCAGCUCCGCAAGCUUGACCAACAGCUUCACGGCCACAGGAAAUGAAUAUGGCAGCGAGCGCAACGACGCCGAGUUGCUGGAAUGCUCCUGCCGAGGAGCCGCUUCCAGCUGUUAAAGGGCAACCGAAGAAGGAAGCUGUGAGGCGAAAGGCUCUCGCUCGCGUUCUCGCUGCCUCCACUGGGGUCGUGAACAAAGGGCGGCGGCCUUCCUUCCCACACCCCACGGUACACCGUACUCCUCCUGUGUCAUUCGUUCCCUUUCCCGCUUGUUCGGACUUCCCUGUUGGGUUCCGGUGAGCACAGCGCCCAUCGCGACACUGACGGUCCACGUGCUCCACGCUGCGUCCGCACCUCCUAAGAGGCGGCAGGUUCCCUUGGUUCCGCCUGUUUGGUGACCGUUUGCCUCCUACAAGCGAAACAUCCCUGUCACAGCUGACAAAAUGAUCAUCAUCCCCCAGGGUUUCAUGUCUUGUGUGUUACAGUUUCCCUUUUAAAUGUACGUAAGAAUUCAUUUUUCCUUUAUGUUCACAUUUGAGCCCUUGUUUAACAUUCUCAAGGAGUCUUGUGAGAAACACACCUACGGAAUAAAAAGGAAACACAUCAGAUAAUAUCCCUGCUGAGAAAUAACAUUUUUCUUCAAGAUUGUACGCCGAACACGAUAAGAUGCAUGUAAGGAUGUUGACACAUUUGUUUUCUUUCAAUAAACGUCUUUGACAAUAGCACAGGCCUACUUUAUUGUGUGGAUUUAGCUUUAACGGGAUUCCGUUUCCCUCUCCCAUUCGACCCUGUCGUCAGAGCUUGGUGAGAAGAAGUACGAUGCUAGAGAAAAAGGGGCCCUAAAUUUUCCACAAUAUUAUCAUUUUCUAAAAGAUAAAACCUGAGACACGGCGAAAGGGACAUCAGCGUUGAGCACGAUCCAAAUGGCUUCUCGAGGACCUUGUUUUCUCAAAACUGCAUCUCCACCCCUCGCAACUCAUGUUCAGAUGAAAGGUCUUCCUAGACCUCUUUUUUGGUCAAGUUUCCUGCAUCUCGCCUCCUUCCUGCACUUUCCACCUUUGGGGACUUUGUGAAAAAAUUGUUGCUUUCAAGACUUGUGUCUCUCAAAGCCCCGAAACACGUCCACCGAACGCUAUCUGUU